GACGGUUUGAACGCAAAGUGCUUUUAGUUCGAGUGGGCCUUUUCAACUUAAAGGUGAGCCCUUCUCUCUCUGUUUCGUAAUCGUCACGUCAGCAUUGUACGAUAUGUGGCUUCAAUACUUUGAAUAAGCCCACCAAUAACUCAUCUCCACGCUUUAAGGUUGAAACAAGUCAACAAAAAAGUAUAUUUAUCAAGGGGUCGUCACUCGGGGUUCAAAGAAUUGUCUUUUUAUACGUUUCACCAAUCUGGACAGAAAAAUAUGUCUAAAACCUUGUUUUUGGCCCUCCUGGUGGCCCUUCAAAUCGGACAAAUCCAUUCCCAUGCAGUUCAUGAUAUCCAAUUUCAAGGUCCAUUCGGAGAACCUGGCCCCUAUCAAGACUCUCAAAUGGUCAUGGACGAGUCCUCAGGGAUGAUGUUUAAAGAAUGGCCAGAACCGGAAGACAAUACGAUACAAUGCAAUGGUCUGGAAAGCGAAAUAACCAUCAAGACAAUUUUUCGGCAGUCCGACCAGGAUGGAUGCUAUCAAUUCCAGACCCCUGGAUUUGGUGGGCCUGGAUACCCCAAUGCCGGAGGUGGAUUACCGAGCUACGACUGUUUCUUCUUACUUCGGUUUCGAGGGUCGAACGUCGCUGGAACAUUGACAGUUCCUUCCGCCACUUUCGAUUUCCAACCUAAAAUGGGGAGUCCUUGCAAAGACUACCUUAGAAUAAAUAACUUGAUCCCACACGACGGUCAAUCUCAGGAUUCUGAUGAUACGGCGAAUUCUGACACAGUUGUCAGAUACUGUGGAAUGAUUACAGGCGAUAAAAUGUUCAAUUUCAACCAGAGCUCACUGACCAUACGACUUACAGCUGAUGAUACAAUCAGACAUGAUGGAGCCGAAGUGAUUAUUUGCUUCCCUUGA